AUGCAUGCUCAGCUGGUCCACCUGGAGGUGAUCAUGCACUACCUGCACAAAAGUGGCUGGACCCCCUCGCCUUUGUCCGUACCUGACCUUGGCUUUGGGCUACACCAGAUGCUGCCCCGGAAAUUUCCAUGGCACUUCUUCAAGUUUAUUAAAGUGCAAGUGACCCCCUCAGUGGUCUCUGUGGUUCAUGCCAGAAGCACUCCUCAGUCUGGGAGAGUUUCUGACCUGGAGCAGCAGGUGUGGAUCUUUCGUGGUCAGGGCCUUGUGGUGGUUCCAUGGAGUAGCAACACAGCCCCAGUCACCAUCACGGUCCUCCCAUGCAAGUAUCCAGAGUCUCUGGAGCAAGGCAAAGGGAUUCCCAUUUAUGUGGGAAUCCAGAAUCCAGACAAAUGCCUGUGUUGUGAGGAAGUUGAUGGACAGCCCACUUUGCAGCUCAAGGAGGAGGAGAUUUUGGAUUUGUACAACCAUCCUGAGCCCAAGAAGCCCUUCCUAUUUUACCAUACCCAGACAGGCAGAACGUCCACCUUUGAGUCAGUGGCUUUCCCUGAUCACUUCAUCGCAUCCUCCAAGAGUGGCGAGCCCAUCUUCCUCACGUCAGAACAGGGGAAAUACUACAACAUUAACUUCAAUUUAGAUAUAGGGCCUUGA